UUGGCGCGAAAUCUUCUGUGUCGAAAACAGCCAUGGCUACUACUACUCCAACUCCACCAUGCAGCGUUCAUUCAAUGCAAUGAAGAAAAUGGGAAUUUCCCGAAUAAACCCCAACGAUCUAUCUCAUCAUCUUCGUCAGAAGAAAGCUAAGUUCAUUGCUCCUCAUGAAAAACAAAACCCUAGAUUUGAAGAAGAACCAGAUCAUUCUUCUCACAUUCCAUUACAGAGAGAAAAUGUUACAACAUGUGAUCCGAAAACUUCUGAGUAUGCUUUCUUUAAGAAAUUGAAGAAGGAUGCAAGCCUCAGAUUUUCUUCUGGUCCAGGAAAAAAGGAUGAUGGUUCCUUAUCAUCCAAGAAGCCUGAAUUUGAUGACUGUUCCAAAGAGAGAACUGAUGAUGUUAUGGUUGGGACUAAGAAGGGCGGCAACUCUUCAAGGAUCAAUCAAGACGUAUCAACUUUUGAGAUGGAUUCAUUUCGUUCACCUUCUGUUAGAGCUAUGAAUAAGUCAGACAUGUACUCUAUGUGCAGCAAGCUGACAAAUUCUCAAGGUUGUGGUGACACCAUCAAACCCCAGGGAUUUUCACAUGAAGGAAACCAGUAUGAGGAUGGAGACAUCUUCUCUAGAAAGAGACAGAAACUACGACAGUGUGUUGCCGAUACCUUAUUUCCUGAUACAGAGAAACCGUGUUCAAAAGGGCUUGAUAUUGUUUCCAUGCUUCUUAGUCGCCUGUUUCCGAUGAGCGCUGACUGCACCGUAAAAAAUAAAUACGAGGAACCUAAUUCAGGAGAAAUAGAGAGUGCUACCAGAUACGAUUUACUUGACUCUCGAGAGUCGGAUGUUCAAUUUAACGAGCACUAUCUGAUACCUGAGAGGAAACUUCUGGAACUUGAAUCAAGCUCAUACUGCAAUGAUCAGAUGUUGUCUCCUAUGUUUCUCGAAUCAGGUGAGAAAAUUGCUCCACAUGCUGAGUUUCCAACCUAUCAUUAUCAGAAAUUUCAACCUCGGUACAGCAUAACAGCGCCUGAGUGCAAACUAAGUGGAACUCCAAGUUUCAGUGCCUAUGUCAAGGGUGACAAUGACAUAACUUCUGGAUCUCUGUUUAACGAAGUAGAAAAUGCUACCAGAUAUAGUCUGCUUGAUUCUCAAGAGCUAGAUUUUCAAUGUAAAGAACUCCAUCAGAUGCCUAAGAGGAAACUUCUUGAACUUGAAUCUGGCUCAUACUUCAAUGAUCAGAUGGUGUCUCCUAUGUUUCCCGAAUUGGGAGAGAGACUUACUCCACAUGCCGAGUUUCCAACCUAUCAUUCUCAGAACUUUCAACCUCAGUACAGUAUAACAGCACCCAACUGCAAACUGAGUGGAACUCCAAGUUUCAGGACCUCCGGUAAGGGUGACGUAACUCAUGGAUCUCUGUUUAACGAAGUAGAUUUUCAAUGUACUGAAAUCCAACAGAUACCUAAGAGGAAACUCCUUGAACUUGAACCAAGCUCAUCCUUCAGUGAUCAUUUGUUGCCUCCUAUGUUCCUUCGAUCAGUUGACUUAAUUACUCCUCACACCGACUUUCCAAUCUAUCCUCACAUGUCUCGACCUGUGUUCCGAACAGAAGCUGAAAGCGAAUUUGGUGAGCUUCCAAGUUACCUUGACAAGAAUGAUGUAACUCAUGGAUUUCUGUGUAAUGAGCAAAAGCAUGAAACUUUUACACUGGAUCAUUUCAAUGAGCUGGGGAAACUUGAGAGAGAACCGAUUCCUCUUCUUCUGGAAAAUGCUUUUGAUUGCACAAAGGAUGAGAUAAAGUUACCUGUCACUUCUAAUUAUGCAAAACCAUAUAUGGCCCCUGCAUUAUCAAUUUUAGACCAUGGUGAAGACCCGAUAUCAAAUGAUUCAUUAGGUGACUUCCACUUUAGGCCCUCACCCUUAUUACUCGACAAACCACAUGACUUCAAUUCAGUUUUGGAUUCUGGUUUAUUGAAAUAUCAAAAGCCCCAGUUUGGAGAUCAUCUUUACAAGGAUGAUGAAGAAAUGGACAUGAAUUGUAACCACACAGCAUUGUCCUUCUCGCACAAUAAACACUACUUUAAAUUGUCAGAAAAUUUCCAGAAUGAAGCUUCAUCUGUUCAAGACAGCAUAUACCUUCCAGCCUACCAUCAUUGGGUUAGAAAAGCAGGUUCCUGUGACUACCAUCAUCGUCGUGAUACGGAAGCCUGGCUUUCAUCUUCACCUGGGUGCUUAUCCUUAACCAGUUCACGAUCAAAUUACCGAAGUUCGAUUUCCAGAAAUUUACAGCUACCCGAAAGCGAAAAUAUGUCUUCGCUUUUUCAUAUUGAGGAUCAUUAUGAGCCCAAGAUCAACGGUGGAGAUCAGGGGGAAGUUCUUUAUCAUUUAAGUGAAGCCUUUGUUCAAAUAUAUAACUCCUCAUGUCUUCAUAUGUCCAUGCAAAGAGACAAUGGAUGCCCAUUUUCUCUGGAUGACAGUGACAAUAUCAAUGAGCAAGAGCAAAGACAUGAGAUGCUCCUCUAAACUCUAACAUUCUCCGGGGAGUUUAAUCACAUGUUUUUGGUUAAUUUUGGAUUGGUAUGCCAUUACUGUGUGUCUUUCUGGGAAUAUUGUAAUUAGACUAUGAUAGUUUGAUAAUUUGGGUCAUUAACAGUACUCUAUCAACAAGUCAAAUUGAAAAAAAAUGGUUGCACAAGUAUCUAAUUUUUUAAUUGAUUGUGUAUAAUUGUCAACAUAUCUACUAAACUUUCCCGUGAUUCACUAGAAAAAACAAUUAGUUUUUGGCAUUAUCUCGUGAAUGAAUAAUGCUAUAACGUGAAAGAUCAUUGCGUUAAGUAAACCACAAACUUAAACUCUAAAUUAUCUCCAACUUUUUUCUGUGGGAUCCUUUGGAGUGAUCUUCAUGCUACUCAAGAUUUGAUGAAUUUAGUUACGCUCUUCUUAACUACUCUAUGUUGGUGUUGGAAGGCAAGAUGCACGACGUGGGCUUCUUCACUUUCAAAAGCUCAAUCAUCAAGAUAGAAAAAAUAAUGGAGAACCUAUCAUCAAGAUGCAUAUAGAAUAGACCUAGAAAUGUCCAAAGAAAAAAACUCCAAGCAUAGUCCAUCUAAUGUAGUUGCUAAAUUAAUGGGGCUUGAAACCCUUUCAAAAGGAGAGCCGAAUUUAUCGGUGAUUAGAAGCCAAACAAAAGAUUAUUAUCAAGACAUGUAUGGUCAUUUAGGGUGGCCAUUGAAACAUUGGAAAGUGGAAGAUAGGUUUA